CACGUACUCCAUGGUAACGACGCUCGGCCCGAAGAUGGCGGCCGAGUGGGCUGGAGGCACGGGUUGCUCUGGGUCAGGCCUAAGCCCAAGCCCGUGGCUGUGGAGCGGUUCUUUGUGGGUCCGAGGGGUUUUACUUCUGUUGGGCGGACUCCGCGCAAGCUCCACGUCUGUUCCUGUCUCCUUGGACAGUUCUCCUUGCCGGCACCACGUCCCCUCUGACACUGAGGUCAUAAAUAAGGUCCAUCUUAAGGCAAACCAUGUUGUAAAGAGAGAUGUUGAUGAACAUUUAAGAAUCAAGACUGUCUAUGAUAAAAGUAUAGAAGAGUUGCUUCCUGAGAAAAGAUACCUUGUAAAGAACAAACUUUUCCCACAAGCUAUUUCUUAUUUAGAGAAGACUUUUCAGGUUCGUAGACCUGCAGGAACUAUCUUACUUAGCAGACAAUGUGCAACAAACCAAUACCUCCGGAGGGAAAAUGACCCCCAUAGAUACUGUACUGGAGAAUGUGCAGAGCAUACGAAAUGUGGCCCUGUUAUAGUUCCUGAGGAGCACCUCCAGCCAUGCAGGGUCUGCCGUGGGGGUAAGUGGCCCUGUCCAGCAGUGGGUGCGCAAGACCAAGAGGGUAUCCGGGAUGCAGACUUUGUUCUUUAUGUUGGUGCUCUGGCCACCGAGAGGUGCAGCCAUGAAAACAUCAUCUCUUAUGCAGCCUAUUGCCAGCAGGAAGCAAAAAUGGACAGGCCAAUAGCAGGAUAUGCUAACCUGUGUCCAAAUAUGAUCUCUACCCAGCCUCAGGAGUUUAUUGGAAUGCUGUCCACAGUGAAACAUGAAAUUAUUCAUGCCUUGGGUUUCUCUGCUGGGCUAUUUGCAUUCUACCAUGAUAAAGAUGGAAAUCCUCUAACUUCAAGAUUUCCAGAUGGUCUUCCACCUUUUAAUAAUAGUCUUGGAUUAUAUCAGUGGAGUGAUAAAGUAGUUCGAAAGGUAGAAAGAGUAUGGAAUGUUCGAAAUAAUAAAAUAGUGCCUCACACUGUGUACCUCCUAGUAACACCUCGUGUUGUGGAUGAAGCCCGAAAACACUUUAACUGCCCAAUUCUGGAGGGAAUGGAACUUGAAAAUCAAGGUGGUAUGGGCACUGAACUCAACCACUGGGAAAAGCGGUUAUUAGAGAAUGAAGCAAUGACUGGCUCUCACACCCAGAACCGAGUCCUCUCUCGAAUCACUCUGGCAUUAAUGGAGGACACUGGCUGGUAUAAAGCUAAUUACAGCAUGGCUGAGAAGUUAGACUGGGGCCGAGGCAUGGGCUGUGACUUUGUCAGGAAGAGCUGUAAAUUCUGGAUGGAUCAACAGAAACAAAAGAUGCAGAUGCUGAGCCCUUUCUGUGACAUGCUUAGAAGUAAUCCACUGCAGUUAACUUGCAGACAGGACCAGAGAGCUGUUGCAGUGUGUAAUUUGCAGAAGUUUCCGAAACCUUUACCUGAAGAGUACCAGUACUUUGAUGAACUCAGUGGAAUACCUGCAGAAGAUUUGCCUUAUUAUGGUGGCUCAGUAGAAAUUGCUGACUAUUGCCCUUUCAAUCAGGAAUUCAGUUGGCAGUUAAGUGGUGAAUAUCAACGGAGCUCAGACUGUAGAAUAUUGGAAAACCAACCAGACCUGUAUAAAAACUAUGGUGCUGAAAAAUAUGGACCUCAUUCCAUUUGUCUAAUUCAGAAAUCAGCAUUUGUUAUGGAAAAGUGUGAGAGGAAGCUGAGUUACCCAGACUGGGGAAGUGGAUGUUAUCAGAUUUCUUGUUCACCUCAGGGUCUGAAAGUUUGGGUCCAGGAUACUACAUAUUUGUGUAGUAGGGCCGGGCAGGUGCUCCCUGUCAGUGUUCAGAUGAAUGGCUGGAUUUACAAUGGAAACCUACUCUGCCCAUCAUGUUGGGACUUCUGUGAGUUCUGCCCUCCAGAAAGAGAUCCUCCAGCCACUAACUUGACCCGAGCUCUACCUCUGGAUCUCUGUUCCCGUUCCUCCAGCUUGGUGGUUACCCUCUGGCUUCUGUUAGGCAAUCUAUUUCCUCUGCUGGCUGGAUUUCUUCUGUGCGUGUGGCACUAGGACUUGAAAAGUGAAUUCUCAAGAUAUUCCUUUAUAUCAUGUUCCUCUGAAUAAAGCACAGAAUCUGGGUGAGUGCCAGCCUAUGCAGAUGGCAGAGUGGCAUCCCUGACUGACUUGGAAGUAUUGACUACAAUCAGACCUUGAAGCUGAGCUUCAUAACAGUCACGCCUCAUCAGCAACACAACAGCCUCUGGGCUUGGAGAAGAACAAAUUCCAAGUCACCAAGUCUCUUUAUCUUUCAGGAUACAUAACCUUCUUAAUGUUUUCCUUUGAAAAUGGGAUAAUUGGUGAAAUUUUCAGAGUGAUAACAUACCUCAGCAUUUUCAUGAACCUAAAGUGAUGGAAAAGUUCAUCAAUACGUUAACAAUUUAAAGAACAAAUAAUUAUUACAAGGUUAUAAAUUAUGGGCCCUGUCCUCAGAAGUAUAAAUUUCCCUUUAACUUAGAAAAAACAAUUGAAUUGGGAUUUCUAAAUCACUGUUAUACCUAUUUUGAAUGUAAUGAUUGUUUAUGGUACACUUAAAUCAUUGCUCUAAAGAGUUUCUUUUCAUUAGAUUUUGUUAAAUCUUAUUUAAUCAUGCCUGCCUUUUUCAAAACAGCUGUAUGGCAGUUUACUACUGAAGAGCCGUUGUAUGUAGCCCUCUUCCAUCUGUGUCUGUGCACACUGAUCUUCAGAGCUCCACUUCCAAUUGUAUUGACUUUUAGAUUUGUGUAAGCAGAGAAAGUAAAACACUCUGCCCUGUAAAAACAUUGAAGACCGACCUGCAAAGAGAAGAAAACAUAAUUAUGUUUUUCAAAUAAUAGUUAUGACAACUAUAUCCCAACAAAAAUAGAACUAUUCCUUUUUGACCAAUGAAGAUAAAAAGAAAUUCUAGUAUAGACAGGUAAGCAGUUAUUUUCAAGUAGGCAUAGAAAUUAUUACAGAAAAAUCUCUAUAUCUGAAAAUUAUGUUUAAGAAGAAAAAUAUAAGUCAAAACAAGAUGGUCUGAUUGAUUUACGAAUAGCAAAGUGUAGGUUUGGUGUCGGGCCUAUCCAGUAGGGUCUACUUUACCACACAAUGUAUGGCUCAGUCCCCAGAAGUCUGAGAUUGUCUUUGCUUUAAAGGGAGGCAAUGUCCUUUACCUCUUGCGUUUCAUACUCCUGUUACCACAGAAAUUGUGGUCCCCAAAAGCCAUUCUGCUCUGGCACCAGAACUUACCAACUCUACCUAGUAAUUCCAGUUUGAAAUUUUUCAAUGAUGAAUGAUGUCAAUUUUUUUCUCUCUAAAGCUAAUGAAGUGCAGUGGCUUUAUAAGCAAAGCCUUUGGACAGUAUUUGUUGAUUCAUUCAUUCAUUCAUUCAUUCAUUCAUCUAUUGGUUGGCCCUUAAUUGAGCCUAUAGUUAUCAAACACUGUACCUAAGGAAUUGUGCUAAGCGAACAAGCAGCAUAAUUAUUAAGGAGAAAUUCUGACUUCUUGGCAUUAGAGCCAUUCAUCAAGCCCAGGAUAAAGGAAAGUCACCUUUUUUUUUUUUUUUAAUGCAUAACUUUAAAAUACAUAUUUGCAUGCAGCUUUAAGUUAGAGGUAUUUGUCAUUGUGAAAAGCUGGGAGUCUCUAAUGUAAUCAACUUCUGCUACAGAGAAGCUAAUAGUAAUGGUGUCAAGCCAAUUCUCUAUUUUCAGCAUAUGUUAUGUUUAAAUUGUGCCAGAUCAGAGAAAAAAAAGUAGAGUAUAUUUUUAAAAAGAAAAUUAUAAAAGUCUAAACUUACAUUCCUAUUGUGAUUAUGAACCACCCUGCAAAGUAUAAAGAAUUUAACCAAAAAUACUAUUGAUUGAUAUAUUUGAGAUUUACAGUGAUAAGUUGGAUAUAUUUUGACUGUUGUGCAGUAAUGCCAUUUAGGUAGUAUUAUUUCCAAGCAUGGUGCUUUUAUACUUGAAAUAUAUUUUUGCUUUAUUUUUUAUUGAUAUAAUUAUAUUUGCACUAAUGACUUUCUGGAAAAAAUAUUAUAGAUGACCUUUUUUUCUAUACUUGUUAAGCUUGGAAUCUUGCGACCCAGUGUUUUCACAAAUAAUGAAACUUGAUAAAGUAUGUUAUAAAAUAUUGAGUUUCUGAGGGUAGCUAACUGCACUGGUGUCUUCCUUCUUCAACAAGUCUUGAAAAUGUUUGCUUAUCACUGGUACUACAUAGAAUACUUGGUCAACACUUAGAAGACCACUGAACCUGUAUGAAAUUUUAGUAGGCACUAUUUAUCACUUAGAAUAUAACGAUAUUUUUAAAAACAAAUAUUUUUUAAAUUGGAGAUUUCAAUGCAGAAUUAGUGGAAUUUGAAAUGGCCUAAAUAUAUCCUGUGGCAGAUUAUGCCCUUCAUCUUAGCAAAACCAGUUCACCGAGAAAGAGACUGCAGACUGCAGUAGUGAAGUGAGGUGUGGGACAGGGAUACAGAAUGGGCAGUGCUUGAUUUGAGGUUAGUAGGCUGGUGUCCCUUUCUGACUCAAAACUGACUACUUCAGUUUUUAGAACAGAUGUAGGUUCAUUUUGAUAGUAUUAUGGUUCCAGUUGUCAAAAUUAUCAAGUGACUUUGUCUCUUGGGUUUUAAGAGAAUUUAUAGGAAAGAGGCAAAAGCCAUGUCAUUAGAUUUGAACUAAGGCUUUCAUGAAACUCAUAAGCAGUUAGGUCGUAUUAAUGGAGACCCCUCUAAUAUUUGCCUGAAACACAUCCUUUUCCCUUAACUUAUUUCUGAAGAAUAAUUAUUUUUGUUAAGGCUAAAUACACGUUCUAAAAAUAUAAAUUAUGCUUAAAAUUAGUUUCAGCCUAAUGUAUUGGCUUAGAGUUUAUCAAUAUUUGAUAAAUUAAUGAAAUCUAAUAGUUUUAGGAAGGUACAUAAAUAAGUAUAUCUGAAUAUUCCAUGCAAUUUUAUCAAUAUUCUCUUCAAUAUUAGAAGACUCACCAAUUGAGUGUUCACUAGAUGCUUUCUCAGAGUCUUUCUAGCUCUAAUAUUCCAAGAGUAAUACUUGUCCUGAAUUGCUAGGUCACGGCUGGCUCUGUAGCCCUCCAGGAGUACGCCAUCCUGCACAUCUUAUUCAUCACAGUGUCUUGUGCUCGUUGCCUUGGCCCUGUCCAGGCCUUUGGAGAUUAAUUAAAAAGAGAACAGCCCACCUUUGAGGGCAGUUAGGUAGUCCUGGUAGAAGAGGUGGACUUGGUGGACUUCAUCACAACUCUGCAGACGCAUUUCAUAGUGGGCACCAUUCAUGCCAAUAUCCUGCGCCCCAGGAGAGUAACAUUGUAAUAAAAUCUGCGCUACUUGUUCCGAAGAAAGAAUUUACCUGAAAGGACGAUCUUGUUUUUCCUUUAAUACAUUUAGUCAGGGUUGAGGAGAGAGUGGUAAAUUAUUUUCUUUUAUGUUUACAUUUUUGACAAAUAAAAUAAAAAAAUUUAGAACUAAUCUUUAUUUAUGGUAUUGAACUUUAAGUGUAAUAUAUUCCCUAGAAAAACUUUAAUAAAUAUGG